AUGCGCUUUCUCCCACUCGUCUUUACCGGCUCGUCCAUUCUCAGCCCUGUGCUUGCUCAGACUACAGACCAACCUGACCCACCAGCGCCUACCCCUACCGGUAUCGAUGUCUUUGCGAAUGUGACUUUGUACCAACCCGAUGACUCGACCCAAGUAACAGUACCGCGCACCCAAAGUCUCCCGAACAACACUGUUCUCGCGGCGUGGAACGACCCAUCAUCGAACGGCUCGAUUGCUAUAUAUCGCUCGAUAAACAGCGGAUAUUCGUGGUACUCGUUCGGGACCGCAACGUCAGACUCUGGGAAGAAGUUGCUGCAGCCACACUUGCUGUACAUCAACGGAACAUAUGCAGAAGAUACAGGAACCACUCUACUCGCGGUCAAUGCGGUGGACGACUACACGACGACUAUCGAAUUGUAUACCUCCGGUGAUCAGGGCGAAAGCUGGGAGCUCGCCAGUGAGAUUGCAAAUGGUGGGCCGUUGAGCAAUGCCUCUGUAGCUGUGACAAAUCCUUACCUUGUAUACAACGGUGACGCUAUCACUGUAUUCUACUCUGGUAACGGCGACAACACAUAUGCCCAAAAGAUCGUCCAGCAAACUACUACCGAGAACUACGAUAGCUGGGACAACGCGGUCGACGUUGUAGCAUCAAAAUUCCGGACUGAUCGGCCCGCUGCUCCUAGUAUCGCUAAGAUCGCGAACAACCAGUAUAUUAUCGCCUUCCAAUACGGCUCACUCGACCCCAAGACCAACACAGCAACCUACCCGAUUUACUACAAAAUCACACCCAACCCACAAAAGGCCGCAAGCGACCGCACGCGCGAAGUCCGCGUCGAUACUGGCCUUGUGCCCAACGGCGUGCCGUCGGUGACCUGGACCCCACUAGGAGGGGCAAAUGGAACGAUCGUGCUGAGUGAUUCCAGAUCGAAGUCCGUGUUCGUCAACCAAGCGUUGGGUGAGGGAGAAUGGCGGGAGUUGAAGACCACAGCUGGGCGGGCUUAUGGGCGAGAGGUUACCGUUCGUAAGUGA